AUUCAUGUGGUUGUGAUACACAACAGCAGCCAUGAAGAUAAGGCUCCGUGCAACAGCUGUAACAGUCCUAUGUGCAGCUCUCCUCCUUUGCCCAACUGAGGCUCAAGUUAAUCCACCUUCAGACUUGAAAUUUAAAAUUAUAGAUGAAAAUACUGUGCAAAUGUCAUGGGCAAGUCCAUCUGAUGCCAUAGAAGGUUACAGGAUAACUCUGAGGUCUGCGGCUGAUGAUUCAAGUAGAGAAUUUACCUUAGCACAUACGGCUACCCAAACUUUGUUAACAAAGCUCAUACCUGAUACUGAAUAUAUUGUAACAAUAAAUUCAUAUGAUACUGUAGACGAAAGUGUACCUGUCACUGGACAACUUACAAUUCAAACAGGUGGCUUUGUAACAACAGGAGUAAAGAAGGAUGAAGAAAUUAAUUUGCAAAAGUGUUCCAUUAGUGCUGUUACAGAUCUAGUUUUUCUUGUCGAUGGCUCUUGGAGCGUGGGAAGAAAUAACUUUAAGUACAUAUUGGACUUCAUUGUUACUCUUGUAUCAGCAUUUGAUAUUGGAGAAGAUAAGACAAGAGUUGGGAUAGUCCAGUACAGCUCUGAUACAAGGACUGAAUUCAAUUUAAAUCAGUAUUUCAGAAAAAGAGAUCUGAUUGAGGCAAUAAGAAGAAUACCAUAUAAAGGAGGCAAUACAAUGACAGGAAUCAAAGCUGCAGAUGCCAAAGAGCUGAAGUUAAUGGCAUCCCAGCCCUCAUUGAACCAUGUUUUUAAUGUGGCCAACUUUGAUGGUAUUGCGGAUAUUCAGAAUGAAAUUAUCUCACAGGUGUGCUCGGGAGUGGAUGAACAGCUGGGUGACUUGGUUAGCGGAGAAGAAGCGUUAGAACCGCCUUCAAAUCUGGCAGCCUCACAAAUCUCAUCAAGAGCUAUCAAAAUCACUUGGGAUCCAUCCCCUAGUGACAUAACUGGUUAUAAGGUGGACAUUAUUCCAAUGAUAGCUGAUGCCAAACAAUUCUCAAUGAAUGUAGGACCACAAACUACUGCUUUUAACGUAAAAGAUCUCUCAGCAGACACAGAAUACCAAAUUAAUGUAUAUGCCAUGAAAGGACUGACUCCAAGUGAACCAGUGUCUAUAAUGGAAAAAACACAGCCAGUGAAAGUUCGAGUCGAAUGCGCACAAGGAAUAGAUGUAAAAGCCGACAUUGUGCUUUUGGUUGAUGGCUCCUACAGUAUUGGCAUUGCCAAUUUUGCUAAAGUGAAAGCAUUUUUAGAAGUGUUAGUUAAAAGCUUCGAGAUUUCACCUGAAAAAGUCCAAAUAAGCCUUGUGCAGUACAGCAGGGAUCCAUACACGGAAUUUCCUUUGAACAAAUACAACAGAAUUGACGAUGUAAUUCGAGCUAUUAACACCUUCCCCUACAGAGGUGGCUCUACCAACACAGGCAAAGCUAUGACCUACGUCAGAGAAAAAGUCCUCAUCCCAAACAGGGGCGCAAGACCAAAUGUUGCAAGAGUCAUGAUUCUCAUUACCGACGGAAAAUCGUCCGACGCUUUUAAAGACCCAGCCAUAAAACUGAGGAACGCAAAUGUAGAGAUAUUUGCAGUCGGCGUUAAGGAUGCUGUACGGUCUGAGUUGGAAGCCAUUGCUACCCCUCCUGCGGACGCCCACGUCUACACUGUGGAAGAUUUUGAUGCUUUCCAAAAAAUAUCAUUUGAACUCACACAGUCUGUCUGUUUACAAAUUGAACAGGAACUUGAAGCGAUUAAAAGAAAAGUGCUUGGAAAACCAAGAGACUUGAAAGUUUCAGAUGCUACAACAUCCUCAUUGAAGUUAUCUUGGAAUUUAGCACCUGGGAAAGUGCAGCAGUAUCUUGUCACAUACACUUCAGUGAUUGGAGGAGGUCAACCUAAAGAGAUCACCGUAAGGGGAGACACCACCAGUACAGUUCUCCCUAACUUGGAACCAGGAACAAAAUAUGAUUUGUCUGUAACUGCUCUUUAUGCAUCUGGAGCAGGAGAGGCUCUUUCUAAACAAGGAGAAACACUUGAAG